UUUCUCUAAAAAUGACUUUGACAUCUUGAAAUUAUAUAACCAAAAAGUGGGUUUUUUAAGGGACAUCCAUAUUUUUUCAGUAAGGUAUUACGAGGAUAUCUGCUGAAAUGGCUUCUAGAAGAAUCACGAAAAGUGCUGUAAACUGGGCUGCUUUAAGCGAAAGAGUCCCUGAACAUCAGCGUGCACAGUUUUUAGCGUUUAAAACUAAAUCCGACGGCUAUCUUAGGCGUGUAUUAGCAAAUCCUGAACAAGCCCCAGCUAUUGAUUGGGCUUACUACAAAUCCAAAGUACCAGUUGCUGGAAUGGUAGAUGAUUUCCAAAAGCAGUAUGGAGCUUUAUCUAUUGCAUUCCCUGCUGACACUGUCAAACCUCAACUGGAUGCUUUAGAAAAAGAAAUCAAAAGUGAUAUUGAAAAAUUCAAAACUGAAUCCAAUGCUCGUAUUUCUGAGUACAAAAAGCAAUUGGCCCACAUCGCCAGUCUAAUUCCAUAUGAUCAGAUGACAUUGGAAGAUUACCGCGAUGCUUACCCAGAAGAUGCUAUUGACCCCAUCAACAAGCCUACAUUCUGGCCACACACUCCUGAGGAACAACACGACUAUGUUGACAAAGAUGCCCAGCCCAGCCACCAUUAAUACUAUAAAGUUGGUGAUGCUUUCAAAUGCAGUGAUUUGAAUAACACAUUCGAGAAUGAAAAGUUUGUGAAACUAUAGUGUUUGUUUCCUGCAUUUGAAAGUAUUUUUACUUGUCAUAUACUAAGUUCUAUAGUUGUGUCUACUACAUUUUUGAUUAGAAAAUUUUUUUGGUUAUUAGAAUAAACUUAAAUACCCACAA